UAUCCGUUAAUAUACAGCAAAUCUUGUCAAACCAGAACCGACAGACUCCAUGGCGGAAUCUAGAGAUAUAACACAACCUCUCAUUCCCCAGACCGAUUCCAUCCUUAGCGAUCUAACUACAAGAAUGACCGAGGUCCUGACUAGAGCCCAGACCUCCCCUCAACCUCUGCUUGCUGAUUCGUCAACUACUCCGAUCGGUAUCAAGUUGGAAGGAUCCAACUAUGCCUUAUGGUCCCAGGUUGUCGAGAUGUAUAUCUCUGGCAAGGACAAGCUGGGAUAUAUCAAUGGAGAUUCUCCUCAGCCUCCAGAAACCGAUCCUUCAUUCAGGGGAUGGCGCACCGAAAACGCCAUUGUCAAGGGAUGGUUGAUCAAUUCGAUGGACCCUUCCUUGAUUGCCAAUUUUAUCCGAUUCCCAACUGCAAAACAGAUUUGGGAUUCUGCUGCUAUAACCUAUUUUGAUGGGACAGACACGUCUCAAGUCUAUGAUCUCCGACGUCGGGUUACUCGUAUGAAGCAGGCGGGUGGAUCCAUUGAAAAAUACUACAAUGACCUUCAAGGGCUGUGGCGAGAAAUCGAUUUUCGUCGUCCUAACCCGAUGGAGUGUGCUAUUGACAUACAGAAAUACAAUUCCAUUCUACAGGAAGAUCGAGUUUAUACUUUCCUUGAUGGACUAGAUGACAGAUUGGAUAAAACUCGGAGUGAUGUUCUACAAAUCAAACCAUUCCCUACGGUGGAACAGGCCUAUGCAUUUGUCCGUAGGGAAGAGAACAGGCAGACCGUGAUGAUCUCGGGUGCAGAUACUCCUCCAGGAGCAGUUAUGGCAUCCAAAGGGAUCAAAGGCAGCCAUCACCAGAUGCCACCGAAACCUGGAGCUCUUUCCCUAAGCAGCGGGAAAUCCAACUCCUCAUUCAAAACUAAACCACCAUCUGACGCCAUGAAGUGUACCCAUUGCGGCAACUCUAAACACACCCGUGACACCUGCUUCAAACUGCAUGGAUAUCCAGAUUGGUGGAAUGACCUUCAAGCACGGAAAAAACGGGAAAUCAUUGCUAAUGAUAACCACACUGGGAGAGCUGCUGUGGUUACCUGUGAUGCUUCGUUAUCCCUCAUUCCUCAAGCCGAAUCUUCACAUGAUUCAGGAUAUUCUCACCAAGGAGAUAAUUGGGCGUGGUACUAAGAGGGGGGGG